ACUGGACCACGUUCAAAAAAUUAGUGAACGUGACAACACAACGUACUUAAUUUAAAGUGACCGUCUUCACAGCCACAGCAAUGAGAAUUCCCGCCAUAACCCCCAAAUCUGAAGAAAUUCUUUACAACCAGAAAACAUGUAUGGUGAGAGUGCUUGCUCGUUAGUAAAAGAAUUGGAUCGAAAUCGUGGCACUUUACCUCCUUACAACAACGAACUUAUCGGCGAAGUCGAGAAAGAAAUCUGCCAUUUAAUUCAACAGAACGUAGCGGAUGAUUUUAAGGCGCACGAGGAUAGCAAUGUAGGUGCCGGUCUCGAUUACACAGCCACAAUUCGCACACGCCACGCAAUUAUACAACGCAACCUACGAUGUCUGCUCGCCUACCAUUACAACAGACUGAGAUGUUUGCGAACAAUGAGAUGGGAAUUUGGGAGUAUAUUACCUCCCGAUAUUAAAGUAAACUUAAGUCAUGCCGAAUCGAAUUGGUUUAGUAAAUAUUCGUCGAUGCUGGCGACGUAUAUGCGGUCAAUUGGUGAUGAUGGCGGGGUGAAUUUAACUAUCGAUUUGAAUCCUCCUAAGGCGUUAUAUAUUGAAGUGAAGUGUUUAGUCGAUUAUGGACAGUACGAGUUAAGCGAUGGUUCUUUGGUUCUUUUGAAAGAGAGUAAUAGAUAUUUUUUGCCGAGAGCCGAGUGUGAAGAUUUAAUUCGUCAAGGAGUCUUUCAACAUAUUAUUAAUUAAGAUUUAGUUUAAAAUAUUACAUUUGUACAAUAAUAAAUCAAUAAAUUAAAAAAAAGCUA